GUGAGACAAAAACAAGGUGAUACAGCUGUUGAUAAACAGAAACAUGGAGCUGGGGGAGGAGAUACUGAUAGUAUUCGCACUGCUAUUCUGGAAGAAGCUGUAAUUGUUUGCUCCACACUCAGCUUCAGUGGUUCAGCCCUUUUUAGUAAAUUGAAUCAUGGUUUUGAUGUUGUUAUAAUAGAUGAAGCUGCCCAAGCUGUGGAACCAGCAACUCUCGUUCCUUUGUCCAAUGGAUGCAAACAAGUGUUUCUGGUUGGAGAUCCUGUUCAACUGCCAGCCACUGUAAUUUCUCCUAUUGCUGAGAAAUUUGGCUAUGGAACGAGUUUGUUUGAGAGGCUUCAGAGAGCUGGUUAUCCAGUGAAUAUGUUGAAGGUGCAGUAUCGAAUGCAUCCUGAGAUAAGGAACUUUCCUUCGAAGGAGUUCUAUUCUGAGGCAUUGCAGGAUGCAGAAGAUAUUGCGAGCAAGACAGUGCGUGACUGGCAUAAGUAUCGCUGUUUUGGUCCUUUUUGCUUCUUUGACAUACACGAGGGAAAAGAAUCACAGCCCUCUGGAAGUGGGUCCUGGGUAAACACUGAUGAGAUUGACUUUGUGCUCCUCUUGUAUCAUAAAUUGGUGACUAUGUAUCCUGAGCUCAGAUCGAGUUCACACCUUGCAAUUAUCUCUCCCUAUAGAUACCAAGUCAAGCUUUUCCAAGACCGAUUUAAGGAAACUUUUGGGCAGGAUUCCCAAAAGUUUGUGGAUAUACAAACUGUUGAUGGUUUCCAGGGUCGAGAGAAGGAUGUUGCAAUAUUCUCAUGUGUUAGGUCCAAUAAGGACAGGGGUAUUGGAUUCGUUUCUGAUGCCCGGCGCAUGAAUGUUGGUAUUACCAGAGCAAAGUCAACUGUGCUGGUGGUUGGUUCCGCAUCAACUUUAAGGACUGAUGAGCAUUGGAACAAUCUAGUGGAGAGUGCUGAGAAGAGAGAUUUUUUAUUUAAGGUCUCCAAGCCCUAUACUUCAUUUUUCAGUGAUUCAAAUCUUGAAUCUAUGAAGAUUCGAGAAAACCUGCCAGCAGAGUUUGACAAAGAUCUGGAUGACAUUAUGAUGCAUAGUAAUCUUGGAGAUGCUGAUCAGGGGCAAGCUGACGAUGAUGAUCAUAAUGCAGAUGACAUGGACCAAGAUGGUGGUGAUGAUAACGAUUAACACAACCCAUUUUCUCUGUGAAUUGUUAGUUUUUGGCAAAUUACGGGCCUCCAAAAGCAAGGGGGAAAAGGAUAGUAUCAAGUGAAUUACAAAAAGAUGAGACAGCUGCAUGUGGACUUCGGGAACGGCAAGGAACUGAGAAUAAAUAAUUGGCAACACUUAUCACUAUUCAUGAGAUGCAAAGUGCAACAAUAGCAAGCUGAGUGCAAUGGCUAAGUGAACAGAAUCAGAAUGAUUGAUGCAAGUUCCUCGGUGUUCAGAGUUUUAACUUCAAUUGAAUCAGGGAGUUUUCUUAUGGAUGAGCUACUCUUGAUAAUAUGUUAGGUUCAAUGGGUUUCUGAAUUAGAGAGGAAAAAGAAACGAAGAGGAAAACAAAAAAAGAAGUAUAUUUAUUAGUGAAAAUAGCAAAUAUUCUCCAAAGAGCAUGGGCGUCAGUUAAUAGUCCAUGUUAUAGUUUUGCAGAUAUUGAGGUGCAAUAUUUUUAAAGUCAUUAUUCGCCAUAAGUAAUACACCAUUGACAUUACACAGAUGAAGCCUAAAUGACAAAGGUUUUACUAAGUUGGAUAAAUUUCUUGUUUACACAGAUUAUUGUUCA